AUGCUAGGCAACGUGCAGAUGCUGAACGACACCAGUCAUUGCGUCAAAUUGAAAAGUGCGGAAGAACGAAGUGCGAGAUUAGCUGAAGAUGCCCAACGCCAUCGAGUGAGACGUGCUUUACAGACCGAUGACCAGCGAAUCCAUAGUCGACUUGAACACGCUCAGCUACAGUCCCUUCGACGUAGCCUAGAAAGUACAGAGGAAAGCUUAGCUCGACGUGAGAAUAAUGCGGAACGUCAGGGUCGUAGCCGAGAGGCAGCAAGUUCUGAAGAGCGAGCUACGCGUCAAAGAGAAGACGUUCAACGUCAGCGUCGCAGACGUGAUCAAGAGAGCAUCGACGAGAGUUUUGCUAGGCGCGCGGAAAACGCGCUCAAUGUCAACGAAACAGACGCGAGCAAGAAAGUCUCGAAGAACACUCCGCUCGGCGUGCGGAAAACGCUCAACGUCAACGAAACAGACGCGAAUUAG